AUGAAGAAAGAGUUUGUCCAACACGUCCUCGACAAGAAGCUCUCUGACUUGCUGGAGCCGAGCAGGCGGCUCCACCUUGGUUGCCUGAAAGUGUUCCACACGCUCUUCAACUCCUCCAACCACUACGACUCGGACACAGACAUGUUCCGUGACAUCCAGAAAGCACUCGUGGUCCCUCUGCUAGUCUCCAAAUUCAAGCACCUGAGGCCUUUGCCGGAGCGAUCGGGACCGAAGCCACGGGUGUUCACAGCCAAGAGCUGGUCUGGCCAACUCAGCCUCGAAUUUUUCCCAAGGAAUAGCUUGAUUAGGUUUCGAACGUCUUCCCACAGUGGUCCAGUGAAGAGAUGGGAGAAGAUAUACAAGCCAUCUAGUUUUAGGUUGUGUUUCCCUUAG